AGCCCAGGGCUCAUUGCAACUUCAAUCGAGAAAUUAGCCGGAGCUCCGGCACCGCCGUUGAAGAUUUAACCGUGGCUCCCCCCGCUCCGCCGAAGCACCGGCAUAGCAACCUCACUCGCAGGAAAUCCGAGCCGGCUUCCGCCUUCUCAGCCGCGUCUUCUUCGGGUCCGACCCGAAUAGUCUAUCGGGAGUCCGUUGCCCGCUCAUCCGAUCCGGAUCUGAGUCCGCCAUUUUUGCAGAAGACUUGGUUCAUUGUCCUAUUGCUAGCGAUGGCCUUCUCCUUUUUCGCUCUCGCGAUAUUCCUUCUUUUCACGCUCGACUCCGAUUAUGGUUCAAUUCCGGCUUCCGCCGCCUCCGAGGGCGUUCAGAUAUCGUAUGGUUCAGUCAUCAAGCUGAUGCAUGAGAGGACAAAAUUCAGGCUGCACUCGCAUGAUGUUCCUUAUGGCUCUGGCAGUGGGCAGCAGUCUGUGACUGGUUUUCCUAAUGUUGAUGAUGCCAAUAGCUACUGGAUUGUCAGGCAUAUACAAGAAUCAUCUGCAAAGCAAGGAGACUCAAUAAAAACUGGAAGCCUCAUUAGGUUGCAACAUAUGAAAACUAGGAAGUGGCUGCACAGCCACUUGCAUGCCUCGCCAAUAUCAGGCAAUAUGGAGGUCAGUUGCUUUGGCAGUGAUAGCGAGUCGGACACUGGGGAUCACUGGAGUGUCGAAAUUGAGGGAAGUGGAAAGACAUGGAGGCAAGAUCAAAGGGUAAGGCUUCGGCAUGUAGAUACUGAUGGGUACCUUCAUAGCCAUGACAAGAAAUACCAACGCAUAGCUGGGGGUCAGCAAGAGGUUUGUGGCGUUGGACAAAAGAAGCCUGAUAAUGUUUGGCUAGCAGCGGAGGGUGUUUAUCUUCCCGUUACGGAAAGCAAGUGAAAGCUCCUCCCCCGUAGUUUUAUGCUAUCAGUAUGGUUAGCAGUUCUCUCUCCCCUUCUCCUUAUAGAGUAUGGAAGCAGUUGUAUCUGAACAUUGCAAAGUUUUGAAAAUAGUUUAUGUAAUUUCCUUAUAGUGAAUGUAGACUUUAUGAAUUCCACAGCUCAAAUCAUGUGUUCAAAUUGUGAAACUAUAUAUACAGUUCUGUUUGAAAGUUUUCGAUUAUAAUUUUAA